CAUAGUUUGCAAAUUGAAGUUUCUUUGUAUUUAACUUCAAAACUCAUCAAAAUCAUUGAAAAAAAAUAAACACAUUGCAAUUCUCAAUUUUCUUUGUUUUAAUCUUCGGGGUUCUUUAAUUUAUGGUGGAAGAAGAUGAAGUUUGGCAAGGAAUUUGAAGCACAAAUGGUGCAGGAAUGGCAGGAAACAUACGUGGAUUACAGCAAUCUGAAAUCAAUACUGAAAGAUAUCUUAAGGUUCAAGCAAUUGAACAACGCACCGUCUCCAAUGGCAGCAGCAAUAAAAGGAAAAUUGAAGAGAAAUGCAUCACUUUACAGAGCUUUCAGUGGACUAACAAGCCGGUUUCGACCAGAUUCAACAUUGAAGAACAAUGAAGAUGAAGUGAUAUUGGUAAGUGCAGUGCAAGAAGGAGACGGAGAAGGGGAUUACCAGACCAUGUUUCUCAGGUCAAAUGAAGAAGGAGCUGAACAUGAACUUGUUUUCUUUAGGAGACUUGAUGAUGAAUUCAAUAAGGUUAUCAAGUUUUACAAGAAGAACGUUGCAGAAGUUAUUGUGGAAGCAGAUGAGUUGAGUAAACAAAUGAAUGCCUUGAUUGCUCUUAGGAUUAAGGUUGAUAAUCCAGUUAUUGUACAAAAUGAUGUAAACCUUGUUCCUAAUGGAUUUUCUUCCAAUUCAUCAUCAAUUGAUCAUCCCACUAACGGUGGAAAUCAAGCAUGGUCAAUGAUGAAUGUUAUCCAAGAAGAGCAAAAGGAGGAAGAUAAUGAUGGAAUCAAUGGAGGGGAAGGUAAUAAGAAAGAGGGUUUUAAGGCAGCUCCAUUAGAGGUUUUGGAUCAUGUAAAGAUCAAUGUUGAGGUUGGAACUCCAUUAUCAACACUCAAAGCUGUCAUCAGAAGUUCAAAAUCAGACUUAUCAUUCAGCAGGAAAGAACUGAGGACAGCUGAAGAGAAAAUCACGAGGGCUAUUGUUGAAUUCUACAGAAAGCUUAGACUUUUGAAAAGCUACUGCUUUCUGAAUCAAUUGGCAUUUUCCAAGAUCAUGAAGAAAUAUGACAAGAUCUCAUCUCGAAAUGCAUCAAAAGCUUACUUACAGAUGGUUGACAAGUCUUACUUUGGCAGCUCUGAUGAGGUUACUACACUUACGGAAAGGGUGGAGGAUACAUAUGCUAAACACUUUGCUAAUGGAAAUCGCAGAAAAGGAAUGAAAAAGCUAAGACCUCAAGCUAAAAGGGAAAGGCAUAGAAUUACAUUUUUAUAUGGCUUGUUCUCAGGUUGCUCCAUUGCACUAACAGUGGCAAUCAUUUUGAAUUUACAUGCAAGAGCUCUUCUUAAGAGUGUAGAACGUGAUCAGUACAUGGUCAACAUAUUUCCACUUUACAGCCUGUUCGGUUACAUAGCACUGCACAUGCUCAUGUACGCUGGAAACAUAUACUUUUGGAAGCGUUAUCGAAUCAACUUCCCAUUUAUAUUUGGUUUCAAGCAAGGCACCGAGUUGGGAUAUCGACAACUCCUCCUCCUCACUUCUGGUCUUUCUUUGCUUACAUUAGCUGCUGCCAUCUCACAUUUGGAUAUAGAGAUUGACCCUCGCACUCAAACAUUCCGAACUUUAACCGAAUUAAUCCCACUCUUCCUCCUCAUUCUUGUGGUUUCAAUAGCAUUCUGUCCUUUCAAUAUCAUAUAUCGUUCAAGCCGAUUCUUUCUUAUCAGAUGUGCAUUUCGCUGUGUUUGUGCACCUCUUUACGAGGUCACCCUCCCUGAUUUCUUCUUGGCAGAUCAACUUACAAGCCAGGUUCAAGCAUUUAGAAGUUUGGAGUUCUACAUUUGCUACUAUGCUUGGGGAAACUUUAGAGAGAGAUCGAACAAGUGUGAGGACAGUGAAGUUUAUAGAGUUUUUUACAUUGUUGUAGCCAUUGUUCCUUACUCGCUCCGUUUCAUUCAGUGCCUUAGACGUUUAUUGGAAGAAAAAGAUGCAGCACAUGGUGUGAAUGGUCUGAAAUACUUAUCAACCAUAGCAGCGGUUGCCCUUAGGACAAUUUAUCAGUUCCAAAAGCAGAAGGCAACAACAUGGCUGGUCUUGGCGGCUGCAACUUCUGGGAUGGCAACCAUUUUUAAUACAUAUUGGGACAUUGUCAUCGAUUGGGGUCUUCUUAGAAGAAAAUCAAGCAAUCCUUGGCUUAGGGAUAAGCUUGUUUUACCACACAAAGUUGUUUAUUUUUUAGCCAUGGCGUUGAACUGUGUGUUGAGACUGGUUUGGAUGCAACAAGUUUUAGGUAUUCAAACUGUACUUUUCCUUCACGGGACCGCCUUGACUGCUGUUGUUGCUUCCUUGGAGAUCAUUCGUCGUGGAAUUUGGAAUUUCUUCAGGUUGGAGAAUGAGCAUUUGAACAAUGUGGGCAAAUACAGGGCAUUCAAAUCAGUCCCCUUGCCUUUUUGCUACGAUCACAAUGGGGACAACAGCAUGUAACAAGCAAUUUCUCCAAAGGAGAACUUAUACCAGAGUAUGUAACAAAAUUUAAUCAAAAAAUAAUUUUGAGGGUUUUAAUUUAAAAAAAAAAUUGUAAGUUUAGAUGAAAAAAAAAAAAAAGGUCUUACUAUUUUGAAUUUAUUUACAAAAUUGUAAAGUAAAAGGACUGAUUAUAAAAUUU